AUGGCUGCCGAGUGCGACCCCAACUAUCGACAUGCAGAGUGGUCCUUUUACCGCUUCGAGCCCUCGACAGCCGCGGCCAUCAUAUUCAUCAUGCUCUUCGCCGUCACAACGAGUGUUCAUAUCUUCCAGAUGAUAAUGACCAAAACCUGGUACAUGAUUGCUUUCUGCCUCGGCGGUAUAUCUGAAGUAGCCGGAUACGUUGGCCGUGCGAUUAACUCAAAUGAGGACCCUGGCUGCUGGACAUUAGGCCCCUACGUUGUUCAAAGUGUCUUGCUUCUUAUUGCACCGGCUCUGAUGGCGGCCUCUGUCUACAUGAUAUUAAGUCGCAUCAUCCUUCUAACGGAAGGAGAGGUACAUGCAGUCAUCAAGAGACGGUGGCUAACCAAGAUCUUCGUGUUGGGAGAUGUUAUAUCGCUCGAGCUCCAGUCAGCGGGCGGAAGUAUGAUGUCUGGGGCCAACGAUGGGAACAACCUCAUGAAGUCCGGCGAGUACGUCAUCAUCGCCGGCCUCUUCUUCCAGCUGGCCAUUUUCGGCAUCUUCAUCGUGGUCGUUAGCCUCUUCCAUCGCCGGAUGAAUCUAGCCCCGACUCAGAAGAGCCAAGAGCCCUCGAUUCGGUGGCGCCAAUAUCUCACUACGCUUUAUGUCACAAGCGGACUCAUCUGGGUAAGAAGUUUAUUCCGAGUCAUCGAGUACCUUGAGGGCAACGACGGGCAUCUCAUGAGAACCGAAGCCUUUAUCUUCGUUUUCGAUGCUACCCUCAUUUGGGUUGUUAUGGCUUGGAUGAACUGGUUCCAUCCUAGCGAGAUUGGCCUGCUCCUUCGCAAUGAGCACCCGAUAACGAACGGUUUCGAGCUACUUCCGUUUCGACGACCAUUUCAGAAGAUUCUGUUGAGAUCCGUUGCUUUGACGGAUCAAUGGCUAUUCCGAUCCAUUGGUGGCUGGGAUGUGGAUGUCUUCUUGUCUAUAGCUUUCGCUGGUUAUGAGCCCGGAAAGCCACCUUACAGCUGA